GUCCAGACUCCGGUCUCCCCUCCGGUCUUCUAGCAUGAUGUCUUAUCUGAAACAGGCCCCGUACGGGAUGAACGGACUGGGUCUGAGCGGAGCGGCCAUGGACCUGCUGCACCCGUCUGUAGGAUACCCAGGCAACCCGCGGAAGCAGCGCCGCGAGCGCACCACCUUCACCCGAACGCAGCUGGACAUUCUGGAAUCUCUGUUCGCCAAGACGCGCUACCCGGACAUCUUCAUGAGGGAGGAGGUGGCACUGAAGAUCAACCUGCCGGAGUCACGAGUGCAGGUCUGGUUUAAGAACAGACGAGCCAAGUGUCGGCAGCAGCAGCAGAGCAGCAACAGCGCCAAGGUGAAACCAAUGAAGAAGAAGUCGUCUCCGAUGAGAGAGAGCACCGGUUCAGAGAGCAGCGGCCAGUUCACCCCGCCGGCGGUGUCCAGCUCCUCCUCUUCCACCUCCUCCUCUACAUCCUCUUCUUCCUCCUCCUCCGGCCUCGGCAAUCCCGGUCUGAUCAGUACCUCUACCUCCGUCACUGCCCCGGUGUCGUCCAUCUGGAGCCCGGCGCCCAUCUCCCCGGCCCCGGCGCCAGCCACGCUGCCUGACCCCGCCGCCCCCACCAGCGCCUCCUGCAUGCAACGCUCCGUGUCGUCCUCCGGCACCGGGGGAACGCCUUCCUACCCGGUGUCUUACAGCCAGACGGCGGCAGCGUACAGCCAAGGUUACCCGGCCUCGGCUUCAGGCUCUUACUUUGGCGGCGUGGAGUGCGGCUCGUACCUGGCGCCCAUGCACUCCCACCACCACCCGCAUCACCCGCACCAGCUCAGCCCCAUGACUGGCAGCUCCAUGUCGGGACACCCGCACCACCACAUCGCCCAGACGUCAGGGCACCACCACCAUCACCACCACCCGUCGCACCACCAUCAGGCGUACAGCGCGCCUGGCCUCACCUUCAACUCCACAGAUUGUCUGGAUUACAAAGAGCAGACGGCGGCUUCGGCCUGGAAACUCAACUUCAACACCUCCGACUGUUUGGACUACAAAGACCAGGCCUCAUGGCGUUUCCAAGUGCUGUGACCUCCUGUGUUUCUCUUCUUCUCUGCUUACAAAGAAGUAUUCUUUUUGUUGUUGGUGGUUUAUUUUUGAAGAUCCUUUAAACUAAUAGUAGAGACAUUUUAAGAAAGUUUAUUUGUGAACGAACUGAAACGAUGCACAGAUAUCUGAAGCCUUCAACUCUGUCGUCAUCAGCUGAUCAACUCGUCCAGGAUUAUUUUUCUACUCCAGAACUCGAGAGAAACUGACCCAUUUACAACUUUUGAAGGCCUUUAAUAGUCAAAUUUCAGUGGAACCUGCAAGAUUGUGCAGUCUGGGAUCGUCUCAGUGAUCAAUCAGUUAACUUCAACUUGAUUGGGAUUAUUCUUCAAAGACAUAACAUGAAAAAAAACAUUAAUUAGACUCUUGAGUGGGCUUUUCCUAAAAAUACUUUUAUUUUCAAAAACAUGAUGCUGCUAUGAUUUUCAGGUUGCUGAUGUUCAUUUCUAUCUGAUUUCCAACUUUAAUCUUGUUCAGAAAGUCGUUGUCCAGCCUGUGGGGUGUUGUAUUUUGGAGAUUGAAUUGCAGCACUUGUUUAUAAGGUGAAAGAUUUUGCUAUUUGUUCUUUGCAGAGGAAAGAAAAUAAAAAUGUGAAAUUAGACACGCAAUGUCAGUAUUCCAUUGAAAUUUGAAAGAUGUACAUUCGUGUCUUUAUAAUAAAGUCUUGUUAAAACAUGA